AUGGAACACAGUCUGUGGCGCCGGUAUCUACUUCUGGACCUUGAGACGAGUGACUGCUUCGACAACGCCGAUGUGAUCGGCGACGGCUUCUUCCAGGUGAAAAUCAUGCUUCUAUGCGUGGUCUCCCUUGCUAUUCUGCACUCUCACACACUGGCAUUCGCGCUCAUCUCGUUUCCCGUCGACCACUGGUGCAGACCACCCGCGCAUCUUGGCAACCUCUCCGAAGCGGGGUGGAGGAACGUGGGCAUACCGCUGGAGGCCAACGGGCAGCCCAGUUCCUGCCGUAUGUACGACGCGUUGAAUAGUACUGCCGAGACGAUCGCCUGUGACGCGUGGGACUACAGCGCAGAUCGCGCCGCCUCGACCAUCGUGAGCCAAUGGAAUCUGGUGUGCCACCGAGCUUGGUUGCUCCACGCUGCCAAGGCGGCGCACUUGUUCGGCGCCGCGGUUGCGACAGCCGCCGCUGGCUACUUCGCGGACCACGCCGGCCGGAAGCCCGUUAUCAACGCUGCGACCACAAUGCUCCUUCUAGUUGGGUGCGCAUUGCGCUUCGCGGAUUCGUACGUGAUUUACUUAGCCAUGCGAUUCCUCCUGGGUGGCGCCGCGAGCACGCUGUUUGUUGUCACAAACAUUCUUUAUUUCGAGGUGAGCCCGAACGACUGCAGAACCCGCCGUCUCGGCAUGGCCGUAUUGAUGGCGUUCGGACCCUGUGUGAUUCUCUUCUUGCUUCUACGCGAGACGCGUCUCAACUGGAUGCAGCUGCAGAUGGCUAUGGGCUCGCCCACGGCACUUGCGCCGCUAUUUUUUGUGCUGGCGGUGGAAAGCCCCCGAUGGCUAGUAGCCACCAAACAGUUCGACCAGGCCGAGGCGGUAGUCGCAUCAGCUGCUAAAGCCAAUGGCUUCGCUAAGCCGGCCGACGCAGCUGCCGCAAUCAAGAGGCUGAAGAGUGUGGAAAGCUCCAAGGUGAAUCUGAAGGUCACGCUGCUGGCUGUGCUGAGUAUCGGUCUCGUUCGGCACCGUGUCACCACUGUCUUCGCGAGCUCGUUCGCGACCACCUUCGCGUACUACGCGCUCACGCCGACCGCGGGACUCACUCGGGCGUGGGGUGGACCGGUGUCGCUCGUCGCAACGACCGCGGUGUUUCUCAUCUGUUUGCUCGUCUUCAACCGCGUCUCGAGGCUCCUCAUGGUAAGCGUGAACCUUUCGGCGCUAGCGUGUUGCAGCUGCCUCGCUUCGCUAAUGUUUCGGAUGAGACAAGAGACGCUGGGCCGCGUCUUCCUGGUGUUCGCCCGGGCCUUCUCCGUGUCCGGAAUGAUGGUGAACUACAUCUACGUGCUCGAGCAUUUCCCGACGCCGAUACGGGGCGUGUUUUCCUGCACGUCGUACGCGUUCGGACGAAUCGGAGCCACAUUCACCGCCUUCUACGGCGUCGCCCAAGAGGACUCUCUGCUUGGCUUCGUUGUGUUCGUCGUGUUGAACGUGGUGCUCCUGCUGCUCCGCAUCAGGGACGAGAACGAGACGCCCGCGGAGCCGACGACGGCGCCACCGGGCGCCAAGAGCCCUACGGCAGAACAGCGGCACGGCCUGGACAGGAUAGAAGGCUCUGGCGGCGGCGAAGUGGCGCCGGCUCGCAAAGCGGAAGCUCCUUCGUGCAGCUCCCCAGACGCUUGCUUCCGCGCGCUGCCAUCCCGGGGCGAGAGUGCCAACAAGGAACCUCCCACGGUCACGGUUAUCGCGACAACAACGUGCUUCCACUAA